GCCAUGGGUCCACCACCACAGCGCACAGCUCUCCACAGGGCCUGGGUGUCCGUGAGACUGGCCUCUGGGUACCGCAGUGAUGGGCAUGCCAGCAACUCCUGCACCUAUCACUACAUCAGACACCAUCUUUGAGCUGGGGUUUGAGAAAACUGUGAAGAAGCAGAACAAAGAGCAAGUGCCUCCAGCCCCUGCCCCUGAGCAGCAUCACAAAAAACAGAACAUGGGGAAAAAUGCUAAAAAGUCAACUGCAGUCGAUGCAGGACUCAAGCACGGCAAAUCCCGAACGCUGGAGGAUGCACUGAAAGCUCUUGAUUUGACAGAACUUCAGAAGGAGCUGGAUAAAAGUCAGACCGUGUUUCCUGAGAACCCAUCUGUGUGGGUUAAAGACCUGGCUGGAUAUCUAAACUACAAGCUGCAGACCCCUCGGAGUGACCCCACGCUCAGCCAGCAUACUCCUGAUUACCCCUACAGUCUCGUGAACAAGGAGCUGAGAAGCAUCAUCAAGUCCCUGCUAGUGAAAGCCUCCAGCGUGCUGGAGCUCUUCUUCGAUCACUGUAUUUAUACGAUGUUGCAAGAGCUGGACAAAACUCCUGGGGAGUCGCUGCAUGGAUACCGGAUCUGCAUACAGGCAGUGGUGUUGGACAAGCCUAAAAUGGCAACAGUGAAUCUGGGCAAGUACUUAGAGCUGUUACGGUCCCAUCAGAACAGGCCAAUGAAAUGCCUCACAAUCAUGUGGGCUCUGGGACAAGCUGGAUUCACAGACCUCACUGAAGGACUGAAAGUGUGGCUUGGCAUUAUGCUUCCAGUGCUGGGGAUCAAGUCCCUCUCCCCGUAUGCGAUUGCCUACUUGGACCGGCUGCUGAUGACGCACGCUAACCUGACCAAAGGCUUUGGCAUGAUUGGACCAAAGGACUUUUUCCCACUCUUGGACUUUGCCUUUAUGCCCAACAACUCCUUAUCACCCAGCCUGCAGGAGCAGUUACGCCAGUUGUACCCCAGGCUGAAAGUGCUGGCGUUUGGCGCUAAACCUGAGACCACGCUGCACACCUACUUCCCCUCCUUCCUGUCCAGAGCCACUCCAAACUGUCCUGCCGACAUGAGAAAUGAGCUCCUGAUCUGCCUGAGCGAGUGCCUGAGCAUGGACGCCCUGAGCUUCAGCGUCUGGCGGCAGCUGUACACGAAACACCUCUCCCAGUCCAGCUUGCUCCUGAACCAUCUGUUGGAGUCUUGGGACAGCACCACCAGAAAAGUGCGAAAAUCUCUCCAGGAAACCGUUCGUUCGUUCAAAGUGACUAACGAAGAACUUGCUGUGAAAGGACCAAACAGCCUCCAGGAUCUAGCAGCCUGCCACGCCACCUGCAAGAACCUGCUGCAUAAGAUGAAAGGCCGUGGCUUUCCCUGGGUUCGACUGCUGCUUGUGGUUCUGGUGUUCGCUGCCGGCUUCCUGGUGCAUGAUAUCAGGACACAGGGGUCUUUUCAAGCUUCUUCUGCUCACAUCCUUCGCUCCUCGGGCAUCCUGUCGGUCUCCCAACAAGCCUGGAAUAAAGUGUCCCGUUACUCCCUGGAAGGAUACAGCUGGUUGGAGAGGAACGUCCCUGUUUACUAUUCCCAAGUGCUGACGGUGUUGGGACCAAACCUGAAACUGGUUUGGACAAAGACCAAUGAGACUGCAGUUUACGUCUCUGGGAAAUGUUCCUCUCAGAUCUCUUGGGUCAAAGACAACCUGCCCUGGUUCACUGAGUGGCUCCAGGCCCGGGUCCCGGACUUCGUGCUGCAUGUUGCUGAAUGCAUCAAGGAGCUGUUACUCUUCCUCCUGCAGAGCUGCCUGCUGCCAGCGCUGGAAUCCAUCGGCACAGCCCUCGAGCGGGGAUGGGAGCUCUGUGUGGACGCUUGCAAUGGAGAAGUGUCCUGGGACUGCAUGAGAAACCAUCUGACAAGCUUUACCUAUUCCUCCUGGAUAUACCUGCAAAACACAACGCUAGCCAUCAAGAACUGGGCCUUGGCCAUGAUUUCUGGACACUAGUCUGGCUCUCUGGAGCACUGGGGACGACGUUCACGUCAUUAAUCUCCUCUUGUAUAGUGACGAAGGACGGUGCUGACUGUGUUUUCAGUGUAGCCUGCGUUGAGGGGUUGGAGCAGGUGUCUGCGCAGGCUGAGACGCAGGGGUAGCUGGGGAGGUUUUCCCUGAGGCGACAUGUCCAAGCUUUAUGCACCCUGUGAUUUAGUUUUGGUUAUUCAUGUCCAGCUCCCCCACCCCCAUCUGUAACUCUGGCAGCUCACCUGCCAGACUGUGCCUCUCCACCUGGGCCCGGCCCUGUAACACACCCUGAGCUUUGCUGUCUUAACGGUGACGUUACCGGAAGAGCAGCCCCUGAAAGGUGUGCACACUGCAGCACACAGACAUCUGUGGCUGCCUGCCCAGGCUAGCCUAGCGCCUCAGCCCUCCCCGCUCAGUUCAUGUGGCUUUGGACCAUCCACUGGGAUGUUUCUAUCCCAGAUGAGUUGACAGGACAGAUGCAUUCAGUUUAAUUUAGUGCAUGAUCUUCUGUUCCUCUUUGAAGGUGUGUCUGGUGUUGAGGUGCCGUGGUGGCAGCCCACGAGCUCUCUUCCCCUUUGACUCCCCCGGCCCCAACCGCUGUCACAUAGUUUGCUGACUCUCGCCACGCAGCCUCAGGUCACCUACUGUGCUCUGAUCCAUUGCCCUGCCCAGGGGGCAGCCGCCAGGGCGAACCUGCAUUGACAAAGUGUCGGUUGUUCCCAGCAGCCCCCCCAGACUCUAACAGCUGAGGGGAUGUGCUGGCGGCUUUCCAAAGAGCUGCACCAUAGAACAGAGCCACUCUCCCCUCCAGUGAACGUGGCAGCGAGGGCCUUGGGGACUACAGCUCCCAGCAGGCAUCACUCUGCUUGGCCAUUGGGAUCAGGAGGGAGUGCUGCAUGCUGGGCCCUGGCGCCCCAAGCCACACCUCCUGUUGGAGGCGGGUGGCCCACUGCCAUAGAACCUCUCCAGUUACCCAAACGGGGGAGUGGAGAGGGGCCAAACCCAGCUCCCGUGGGAUGCCUUACCAAGGGUGCUGCCGGCUGCAGGACAGGCUCAGUGACGUCGGGCUUUGGCAGCCAUGCCCUGAAGCCCGGGGGAAGGAAAUAGGACGGGGUCAGGCUCCAAUUCAGGAGGGGGGCGAGGGGAGCGUUUCAUUCAUGUCACUUGUUCCUUGUGCCUGUAGGGGAGCCUGUCUCCGUAUCCACUUCCCCUCUUGUCAGUGUCUAAAACAGGCCCGAGGCGUGGCGGUGGCCAGGCGCCCACUGUCCUGGCACUGGGGGGGGGAGGAGCUGUUCUCUCCUCACCCAGCUGGACGAGGUGAAGGCUGCUCUCUUGCCCGGGAUAAGACCUAACCCCCGAGCCGACUCUACCCCAGCUUGCAAAGGCAGGAGCAGUGCGUACGGCUGCAGGAGCAGGAGUGUAAUAGUGUCAGACUGCAGCGCCUCCUGGCAGCUGGGAGGAGAGGUCUGGAGCGGGUCUCAUUCCACGCUCCCCAUGGCCAUCUCCUGCCCCCAGCCCUUGCUGGUGCUAGGAGAUUCUCAGUCCUAGACUGCAGCAGUGAUCCGCCUUCCCUCGCCUGGCUCCGGGUUCAAGGGAACAGCCUGCUCUUUAACCUCCUGUUCUCUGUGCCCAGUGACAAGCCCUCUGUGAAAUGAGCUGGUUGGGUCUGAGCCAGCCUGUGUGCUACUGGGCCAGUCUCCAUCUCCAUCCUGGCCAGAAGCAGCAGUGAGCCCGCUGCCUGGCGGUCUCCCUUAGACACUGGGGAUGGGGUGAGGCUCUCUAGCAGCCUGGCUCCAUCCACUAGCACAGCCUAGCCGGGAGAAGACUCACAGCAGGGUGACAUGGGGCAGGGAGAUGCUCAGGCACGUCUGUAAAAGCCAUAUUAACCGAGCUGAGCCCUGGUGGGGAGCAGUGGAGGCUGCUUGGUGAACCCACUGUUUAGUCUGAGCAAUAUUGUCCCCCGAAGGAUCAGACAGCCCACUGCAGUCCUGCUGCCCUGGUAGGCUAAGAAAGCCCAUCUCCUUCCCUGCCUCCUUGGCCUAGGGACUCUGCAGCCUGCUAGGGAGUUUUCCCAACACCCCAAACCCUCUGUCGCUGGAGACAGGGCGUGCAGGGUGCCACUGUGAGGAUGAGAUGGGUGUGGCAGGGGCCUCGCUUCUCCAUGCUUGUAUGUCUCGUUGAGGUGUGCUCAUGCCUGGGGUGUGCCCUCCUGUGCAUGCCCUGCCGGCCUGGAGCCUCACCUGUGUCCAAGGUCCCUGUGACGGGCCCAGAAGGAGAAUCUCCCAGCUGCCUGUGUUCCUGUCCGCUCACGCAAUUCCAAAGGUUGCAGGACCCAAAUAAUUGAAAUUGUAUACGACUCUUCUCAAAUGAAAUAAAGGAAACUCGAUUUGA